AUGCCUAUUUGCAUCGAGUGCUCCUAUCCGGUCUCUCACCUGUACAGCGCCUACAGUCGUGCCGAUGACCGGUCCCAAGGCAAGGGUGUGCGAUUGACGCAAUGUCCCCGGUGCCAACGGUUUGCCGACAAAUACGUUGAAUAUGACUUUGUCGUGCUGUUCAUUGAUUUGGUGCUCAUUAAGCCUCAGGUAUACCGACAUCUCCUCUUCAAUCGGCUAGGACAAGACGACAACCAGUUCGAUCGGUCCAUAAUUCGCCUAGGAGUUCUUCUCCUUCUCUUCGACGUCUACCUGACCUGGGCACGCAUCGAGAAGGAUCCAUCCCUCGCAACGACCUUCCUAUCACGCGCCCCUAUCAUUGUCCAAUACCUCUUCUUCCUAAGCUUGAAUGCAGCCGCAACCCUCGCGCACCACCUCACCGUGCGCCUUCUGGUCUCAAUCCUAGUUCCAAAGUCGCGACGAUACAGCGGUCCAGACAUCGGCAGCAAUGCCAACACCAAUCCUACCACAAAAUCUACAGGAGAUGUCACUCCCUUCCCCUCCGGCCCCCCAACGCCAACAAUGCAUUCCUCGCCAUCCGGAGUGCCAGCAACCCCACACGCCCAGAACCCCGCCAACCCUCCCGCAACCCUUUUAAGUCCAACCCAUAGCGAGGUCACCCCUUCAACCGACCUCUCCCCACCACCGCAAGGCCCAUCAAUGGGACCAACACCCCGGCCCGCGCCGCCUCUGCGCCGGACAUCAACAGCCCCUCUGCAGAACAUCCAGCCCCUACCCCCUCCAACCGCCGCAAGCCCCGCAGCGAUCAGCACCGCCCUGCUAGUUAGCAGCUGCGCCAAGCUCUUCCCCAUCCUGCUAGUAAUCUGGGGCUCUGACGGCAACGGGGGCGUCUCCGACAUCCCAGAGCACAGCCAGUCAGCGGCACGGAUCCUACCUUCGACGCAGGCGACAACGAUGCCGAGCGCGGUGCAUCAGAGUCUGUUGGCUACAGCCACAAAAACCUCUUCCCUCCUCUCUGCGAAAACAGCUAUAUCAUCUUCGCCGUUGGAUUCGGCAUCUUCUUCUUCGUUCCUGGAAUCGUGGCUUGCUACCACGGCUUCUAUGCUUCGGGAUUCUACGCCGACUAGUUAUCUGACGGGGCUUUUUGACCUGCUUGCUUCGUUGCUUUCUCUUGGUGUUGUUGAUACGCACCUGGUGCUUCUGAGUAAUAUCGAGGCUUUGUAUAUCUUGCUUGGCUGUGGGUAUCUGCGUGCUGUUGCGGUUGCUGUUGCGGGUCAAAUCGCGCGGUGGGCGGUGCAGAGGGUGAUUCUUGGUGCUGUGGGGGUUGGCUAA